AUGAAACAUAGCCAGAGCUGCUGCCAGACACCUCCUACCGUUACUGUUCACAUGCAGACAAGUGUAUCCAGAUCACAUCAGCCAAAAAAAGCCUUCAGCCUUAAACGUCCCAAAUUUAAAGACAGCCAGGAGACUUCGGGGAAAAAUACGAACUGUACUAACAAAUCAAAACAGCCAAAAGGUUCAUAUUUAGUUAUUCAGCGACAGGAAAUGACAGCAUUCUUUAAACUAUUUGAUGAUGAUUUAAUUCAAGAUUUCUUGUGGAUGGACUGUUGCUGCAAAAUUGCAGACAAGUAUCUUUUAGCAAUGACUUUUGUUUAUUUCAAGAGGGCUGGCUACAGUAUAAAUGAACACACCAGGCUGAAUUUCUUUGUUGCUCUGUAA